GGAGUAAGGUCGUAGGAAAGAGCCAAUAGAAUCUUUAGGAAGCCGUGACCCGCUUUGGGGUGAGGUUCAGGGGACUAGUUGGGCUGAUUCGUAGACUCCGUUCCAGCCACCGGCUAGUCUUCGCUCCUUAGCUAGCUCUAUGACUGUUUCUGCAGCUCUCCGAGACCCUGUCGUUCAAAUUGCCUGGCGUUCUAUUAGACGCCUGUUUCUCGUUUCCCUUUGAUCUCUAAGUGCUUCCUCUCUUCUGGCCCACCUCCUACCACUCAUCCUCGCGUCGUAUCCAGCCGCGCAUUACAAGUCAGAAUGUCGACCUCAAAAUUCCCGACAAUACCAGGAACCGUCGAGCCUUCAAUCCUAGAAGAAGAAGGCCAGGCGGGCAUAGUCAAAACACCGCUUCUAACUCCAACUUCAACCAGCCGAGUCCCCGAGAAGAUUCCCCUUACCACCGACCAACAAUCAAAGUACGAAUGGCUCCUAAGGCAGGCCAAUGAAUGGGUUGAAGUGCAUUCCACCAAAGGCCAUAGCGGCCCACUGACCGACAGUGAGAAAAUAUGGCUUACGAGGGAAUGUCUCCUACGGUAUCUCAGAGCCACCAAGUGGCAUGAAAAGGAGGCAGAGAAGCGUAUACUGGAGACCCUGGUUUGGCGAAGAGAGUACGGUGUUGAGGAAUUGACUGCGGACCACAUCGGCCCGGAGAACAUGACUGGGAAGCAGGUCAUCCUAGGCUAUGAUAAACAAUGUCGACCAUGUCAUUACCUGAACCCUGGACGUCAGAAUACUGAUGUCUCUCCACGACAAGUCCAGCACUUAGUCUUUAUGCUCGAGCAAGUGAUUGAGCUUAUGCCUGCUCAACAAGAAACACUCAGCCUCCUGAUCAACUUCAAGCAGAGCAAACACCGCUCAAAUACUGCUCCUGGCAUUGGCCAAGGUCGCGAGGUAUUGCACAUCCUCCAAACGCACUACCCAGAGAGGCUAGGGCGGGCUAUGAUCAUCAAUGUUCCUUGGGUUGUCUGGGGCUUCUUCAAACUGAUCACUCCUUUCAUCGAUCCCUUGACAAGGGAAAAGUUGAAAUUCAACGAGGACAUGACCCAAUUUGUGCCAAAGGAGCAGUUGUGGGCCGAGUUCCCAGGCGGCCAGCUCCAGUUCGAAUAUGACCACGAUAUCUAUUGGCCUGCGUUACAGAGGCUGCGAGCUGAAAAACGUGCAGAGAGAGUAAGGCGAUGGGAAAUGGGCGGUAGAAAGAUUGGAGAGGCUGAAGAUUAUCUGAAGGGCCAGGACCACCAGGGAACAUGGCCACCAUCAAUUGGCGGUCCUGCUCGAGUGCCUGCAGAGAUUGCUGUUAAAGCAUAGUAAAAGCGUACAAAGCUUAUGUAGUGAAACAUUAAAUAUAUUAAUAAUAAUCGUACUAUUUUUUAUAA